AUGACAAACACUGGAAAUCAAGCUGGUGGGGCAUUGAACAAUGUCAAUGCACAAGAGAGAGAUACGGUGACAGGAGAAGUCAGGGCAAGGAAUGACCAGAACCUGGUUUCACCUCAUGGAUCAGAGCACAGAGGAAAUGAUUUGCCUUCCAAUGAUGACCAUGAAGAAGAGGAAAUGAUACCAGAUUGUCGAGACCUUCGAGAUGAGGUUACGCGGUUGCUAAAGAAAGGGUAUCUAAGAGAAUUCCUAAGUGAUAGAGCCAAGAAUAGUUACGGAAAGAACAAAGGUUCAAACAAACAUUUUGAUCAGGCCAAACCAAGUCAGGUGAUCAACAUGAUAAUAGGCGGAACGGAGGUCGCAGGAACACCUUUUAUUACAAAAAGGACGAAAUUCUCGGUGACUCGAGAAAUGAGGUCACGAAGCUUUGUUCCAGAAGAAGCAAUCAUAUUCAUCGAUGAAGAUGCAUAUGGCGUUAAUUUUCCCUACAAUGAUGCUUUGGUAAUCUCAGUUAUGAUAGUUGAUACUCAAGUCAAGCGAAUAUUGAUCGACCUGGGUGGUUCAGCAAACAUAAUCCGAUGGAAGGUGGUAGAUCAAUUGUCGACGAUUGAUAAACUUACACCAUCCUCCAGAGUGCUUAAUGGUUUCAAUAUGGCUAGUGAAACUGUGAAAGGGGAGAUUUUACUGCCAAUCAAUGUGGGAGGAAUUCUUAAACACACCAAGGUUUAUGUUAUAGAUGGUGACAUGAGCUACAAUGCGAUCUUUGGAAGACCUUAG